ACGUACGCAACACCUCAAAGAGAAUCGGAGAUAAAUUGAAGCUCUGCUGAUAGUCGACUGAUUUUAUGGAUUGAAUCUAUUGAUUUUAUUACUUCAGGCAGAUGCCAAUGACAUUGACUUGGAUCAACGGUCAGAUCAGCCCAUGAAAAACAAUCCACACUGGCCAACACGCACCUAUUUAUCUCAUCCCAAAAAUCAAACAAACCUCAAAAAAUUUCGUUUCGUUCAAAACCUCAAGUAAACAGGUACAACUAAACAGAUACAAAUCGCGGCAGUCCAAGUGAAAACGAGUGCUAGUCUGACGCUGGGAGAAGGUGAAAAUGGCAAACUUUUACGGCCUUUUUCUUAUUUUACUAAUUUGCGCAUCUGAAUGGACGGCUGGCUCGGCUGCGGAUGACCGUCCAUCCUUGGGGGAAAUUCAGAAUCAACUCCAACAACUGACAACCAACUACAUUUCGCUAAAAAUAAACCUGGAAAGCAAAUUGACUCGACUGGAAGAGCUUAUGGAGCAAAAAGAUCGGCAACAUGGAAUCUUAGAAGAAAAAGUUCUUAGACUAGAACUCGAACUUCUUGCCACUAAGGAAAGAGAAACAAAUCAGUUGGCCACAAAGAACGUCAUGUACAGAACGUGCAGCGAGGCUCAUGCAGCCGAUUCGUCCCUGACGAUGGGAAAUUACUGGAUCGAUCCUGACGGUCAGGGAGUUGGGGACGAUCCCAUUUUCGUCUACUGCGACAUGGCCACAGGGAAAACAACCAUCCUACACGACAGCGAAGAUUCCAUAGACGUAGGAUAUUGCACUGGUCCCGGUUGUUAUACCAGAGAAAUUAUCUACAACGCAACUAUGAGGCAAAUGACAACGCUAGCUGAACUCUCAAACGAAUGCCAUCAGUCAAUCAAAUACGAAUGUUAUGACGCCCCACUUGAGAAGGAUGGAGUCAUUUACAGUUGGUGGAAUGACAGAGAUGGAAAUCCGCAAUAUUUCUGGGCCGGAAGUGAUUCGAGCAUUCACACCUGUCAAUGCGGAAUCGAUGGAGAAUGUAUCAAUUCUAACGUCAAAUGCAAUUGCGAUGCAAUUGCUCCAUACAUGUUAAACGACAACGGUGUCGUAACGAAAAAGGCAAGUCUUCCAAUAACGAAAUUAAACUUUGGUCAAAUGUCUACCGGAGUUCACACCCUAGGUCGAUUCGAAUGUAGUGGCGACGCAAUCGUCACCGGAUUCCCAACUUCCUGUGAAGAUCUUUGGAAAAUUGGACACAAAAUGACCGGAUUUUAUUCCGUUAUGGGAACUAAAAUGGUCGAAACUGUCUACUGCGAUUUCACCAAAUCUUUGGGCGACCCAGCGUUCCAGACCUGGAUUGGAUUCGAUGGCGUCCAGUCAACCUCCGUCUAUUUCUACGUUCAGAGAAGCGCCAGUUUCUAUGGGAAGAAUUAUCCAAUCACGUUCGACCUGGAAAGGAUCAACACGGGAGGGGCAAUGAACGCAGGAAACGGCAAAUUUACGGCGCCUGUCACUGGGACCUACUUCUUCUCUUUCUUCGGCAUCGCCGACAUGGGUGGAGCGUUAUUUGACGACGGAAAUUUUAAAGCAUCUCUAAGGAUGAACGGCGAACUAAUCGGGCGGGGCGAAGCGGACUUGACUCAGGGCCUGAGUACGGAUACCUUCUCUCUCCAAUCAACGUUGUAUCUCCAGGCUGGAGAUGAAAUUUGGGUACAGGUCGAUCAAGCAGACAGGAUGAACCUCUAUGACAACGGAAACCACUACACCCACUUUACUGGCUGGCUGCUGCAAGAGAAUGUCGCUCAAUCCCUUAAAAACAGACUUUAAAAAAUCGCUAUAGACGGUAGAAUUAGAUUCAGCAAAAGACGAUUCAAAUGUCCAAGCAAGAUAAAACAUUUAAAGUAGAGAAAUAAAUGGUAUAUGUUCCAAACUCUA